CAUGAUUAUUGUUGGAAUUCUAUAAAUAGACAUGUAAUGUAAAUAAAGAGGUUUUUUCCUGCUCGACUCCCUUGGAGUCAAGUGUGAGUCUCUCUCUCUCUCUCUCUCUCUCUCUCUCUCUCUGUGACAUUGAUCUGCUCUGGAAAACUCUCUGAACAGGAGCUCUGGGUGUUCCCAGCUGGAGGGAAAAGGGAUUUUGAGGCAUCCUGAAGGGAAUGAAGCAAAAGAGCUCUUUGAGUACAAUAAAGACUAAAGGGAACUUUUCUAAACUGGAAAAUCUCUGAUUUGUGCCCUCUCGUGGCAGUUGAAUUUUUCUUCUCCUCAGUGCAACUCCUGCACUUUCAGACCCAAAUCUUUGGGGUUUCAUGCUGAAAUUCCCAGCAAAGAGACUGUCAAAUGCUGGUGUUUCUCUGUCCAGGAAAAGUGGGGAAAACCCCGAGGUCCAUAUUUGAUAUUUUGUGCUGUCUGCAUGACUUUGCCCUUCAAACAGUUUAUGGGGAUUUGAUGGGUGGCAAAUAAAAAAAAAAAAAAUAAAGCUUCAGGGGCUGGAGAGUUAGAAAGGGAAUCCCAUGAGUGUCCAAACACCCAGCAGCACUGAAAUUCUCUUUUUAUUUUGCUCUCUCUGCAGACAAAAAGCGCUGGCAUCGACAGGUGGAAGGAGUGUUCAAGCAGCAUGCGACUGGCUCUUCUCCCACGUGGGUGACCCGUUCCUGGAUGACACCCUGCCCCGGGAGUACGUCCUGUACCUGCGCCCCACCGGGCCCCUGGCACAGAAGCUCUCGGAAUUCUGGCAGCAGUCGAAGCAGAUCUGUGGCAAGAACAAAGCUCACAACAUCUUCCCACACAUCACCCUCUGCCAGUUCUUCAUGUGUGAGGACUGCAAGGUCGAUGCUCUCACAGAAGCCCUGCAGGCCACGGUGAUGCGCUGGAAAUGCAAAUUCCCUGCCCCGCUGCCCCUGGAGCUCUACACAUCCUCCAACUUCAUCGGGCUCUUUGUCAAAGAGGAAAGUGCUGAGGUGCUCAAGAAGUUUGCUGCAGACUUCGCUGCAGAGGCAGCUUCCAAAGCAGAUGUCCACGUGGAGCCCCACAAGAAGCAGCUCCAUGUGACCCUGGCCUAUCACUUCCAGAGCAGCCACCUGCCCACGCUGGAGAAGCUGGCCCAGAGCAUCGAUGUCAAGCUGGGCUGUGACUGGGUGGCCGCGAUCUUCUCCCGCGACAUUCGCUUCGUCAACCACGAGACUCUGCAAGUGAUCUACCCCUACACCCCCCAGAAUGAUGAUGAGCUGGAGCUGGUGCCGGGGGAUUUCAUUUUCAUGUCCCCAGUGGAGCAAACCAGCACGAGUGAGGGUUGGAUUUAUGGCAUUUCCCUUGCCACUGGCUGCUCGGGGCUGCUGCCUGAAAACUACAUCACCAAGGCAGAUGAAUGUGGGACCUGGGUGUUCCAUGGGUCCUACUCCAUUCUGAACACCACACCUUCCCCAUCCUUUCAAGCCUUCGCUGAUGGAGCUCUGGAGAGAAGGCAGCAGGAGGACCAAGGGCCAGGGGAUGCUGGGCCACUCACCAUCAUCUGCCAGAACGUGCAGGUAGGGACCCUGAAACCAUUAGGGACGAGCUUCCAGUGA